AUGCCGAAGUACGACGAGGGGUGGGAGGAGAAGGAGCGCGAGCCGCCUGCGCCCGGCGAGCGCGUCAAGGCGCUCCGGCGACAAUUGCGCGAGGAGGCCAUCGCGGGUCGGUCCGGCCCCCUGGAGGACACGUUCGGGCGCCGCCACAACUACCUGCGGAUAUCCCUCACCGAGAAGUGCAACCUGCGGUGCCUGUACUGCAUGCCCGAGGAGGGCAUCGACCUGACGGCGAAGGAAGAGCUGCUGAGCACCGACGAGGUGGUGCGCGUCGCGAGGCUCUUCGUGGCGAACGGCGUGGACAAGAUCAGGCUCACCGGCGGAGAACCAACCGUCCGCCCCGACCUCGAGGAAAUCAUCCGCAGACUCCGCGCGUUACCCGGGCUGAGGGACAUAGCCAUCACCACGAACGGACUGACGCUGCACAGGAACCUUCACGCGCUUCAGGCGGCUGGUUUGACCCACGUCAACAUCUCGUUGGACACGCUCGUCCCGCCCAAGUUUGAGCUGCUCACCCGGCGCCGGGGUCACGACAGGGUGCUCAAGUCCAUCGACCGCGCGGUGGAGCUCGGGUACGACCCGGUCAAGGUGAACGUGGUGCUGAUGCGCGGCGUGAACGACGACGAGCUGCUGGACUUUGUGGAGAUGACGAGGGAAAAACCGAUCAACGUUCGGUUCAUCGAGUUCAUGCCCUUCGACGGGAACAAGUUCGAGGAGAAGAAGGUGGUGAGCUACUGCGAAGCCAAGGAGAGGAUACUGGAGAAGUAUCCGACCCUGACGCGCAUGCAGGAUCACAGGAGCGAGGUUGCCAAGAACUUCAAGUUGGACGGACACCGAGGGACGGUCAGUUUCGUGACGUCGAUGACCAACCACUUCUGCGGCGGGUGCAACCGACUGCGGAUCAUGGCUGACGGGAACCUGAAGGUGUGCCUGUUCGACCAGGGCGAGGUCAGCCUCCGGGACGCGAUGCGGGGCGGCGCGAGCGACGAUGAGCUCAUGGACGUGGUGGGUAAGGCGGUCGGGAACAAAAAGGCCAAGCACGCGGGGAUGUCCGACCUGCAAAACAUGGAGAACAGGUCCAUGAUCCGCAUAGGCGGCUGA